GAGGAGGAGAAGAAGAAGAGGCGGAAGUAGCCGGUCGGAGGCGCGUGCAGCAGCAUCAGUACUUGUCAGUAUCCAGAGCUGUGUGUGUUGUCUCUGAAGGUUUGAACACUUCUGCUCCGUCGACCCUGCUGGUGUUUGGGAAUCACGUUGUGUAGUCCAUCUGGCUGCUGUGUGUCUUCCUGUGUAGAAGUAUGGCCAGUGAGGAGAAAGUUGAAGCAGUGGGACAGGUUCUGGUGAACCCAAAACAGGACCUUACCCGGCGAUUCAGAGCCUUAUUCACCCUGAGGAACCUGGGAGGUACUGAAGCUAUAAACUGGAUCAGUAAGGCCUUCUCUGAUGAGUCUGCCCUGCUGAAGCAUGAGUUGGCCUACUGCCUGGGUCAAAUGCAGGACAGACAGGCCAUACCUGCUUUGACGGCUGUUCUCAAAGAUACACAGCAGGAGCCGAUGGUUCGACAUGAAGCAGGAGAGGCUCUGGGAGCAAUUGGUGAUCCAGUGGUUCUGGACCUACUAAAAGAGUACAGUCAAGACCCUGUCAUUGAGGUUGCAGAGACGUGUCAGUUGGCUGUUCGUCGCCUGGAGUGGCUGCAAAGUAGAGGAGAGAAACAGUUGGAGGAUGGAAGUACCGAUAAGAACCCCUACUGCUCUGUUGACCCGGCACCCCCAUCAGUGAUCAAAAGUGUGUCAGAGCUGCGCUCCGCCCUGCUGAACGAGAGUCUGCCACUCUUUGAACGCUACCGCGCUAUGUUUGCCUUGCGUAACCUGGGCGAUGAGGAGGCUGUCCUGGCACUGGGAGACGGCCUGCAGUGCUCAAGUGCUCUGUUCCGUCAUGAGAUUGGUUACGUCCUGGGUCAGAUGCAGCACCCGGCAUCGGUUCCGGCGCUGAGUGCAGCCCUGGAGUCUGCCGGUGAGAACCCCAUGGUCCGGCACGAGGCGGCAGAGGCCCUUGGCUCCAUCGGCAAAGAGGACUGUCUGGCUGUGCUGCAGCGCUAUCGCAGAGACAGUGAGCGUGUUGUCAAGGAGAGUUGUGAGGUUGCACUUGAUAUGCUGGAGUACGAAAACAGUGACCAGUUCCAGUAUGCAGAUGAACUGGUGAGGUUACAGGGAUAAAUGGUUAAAGGUCAGUGUCUGAAGGGGCUUUCACCCUAAUCCAUUCUGUAUAUUUAACAGAGAGACCUGGAUUAAGGGCUGCAUCUGUAAAACUCUUGGAUUCUGUGAGAUGAGACUUUACAGCGUGAAAUAUACACGUAAAAUCAAAAAAUGAAAGUUCAAGAGAUUAAUCAAAUACGAUUAGUGAGCUCUUGUAUGUGGUGAUUGUGUUACUAAAGACACAGACGAGUUGGAGCUGAGUCAUUACACAGAUAAUGGCCAACAGUAAAGCACAUCAUCUAUGGACUGUUGGUGUGUAACAAUUUUUCAAGUUUAUUUCGCAACAUCAAGAAGUUUUUUGUACUGUUUGCCUCCACACAAUAUGCUUCUUUUCGACUAUCAUUUACAGUUUUGUGGAAGCUACAUAACCCCAGAAGUUUGAAGGCUUAAAAGACUGAUGUGACAACUUCAACUGAUGUGCUUUUCUUAUCUAUCUGGGAGUUGUAUGUUUGUAUGGUUCUAGGUUGCACCAUUGUAUGGUCAGCCCCGAUGUCAGUUCAUUCUGCUGUAACUAACGAAGACAAGCCAAAGACUAAUCUGCUUCUCUGGAUGUAGGAAAGUACACAGCCACCAUCGUAGGAAGAGUCCAUUCUCAACUGUAUUCUUCUGCAGAGGUUGUCAUCUCUUAUGCUCCUCUGGCUGCAUUGUUACCAGAUUACUGUGGAACAAAGUUUGUCAAUUUUAUUUGUAUUUCUCAUUAUUUACAGUCAGGUGUGAAUUGUAUGCAAAUUCAAAUUAUUCUGUGACCUAUUUUUUAACCUGAAGAUAAACAUUCAUUCAUGUCCCAGUUGAUAUUUAUGUACAUAUACUUUGAGAGUGACCUAAACAGGGGCAUAUAUAAUCGGGCAGACAGAGGGUCCCGCCCCCACCCCCAUCAGCCCAUCCUGGGAAUAAAUUAGUGUUGACAAAGAUAAUGUUAUUUGACAUAGUGUAAUAAUAUGCCAUGAAAUCAUUAUACCAAUUAAAGAUGCAACAUAAAGCUUUUUUUUUUUUUUGAAA